UUCAUCUAUCAAAUCUAAGAAAUGUUAUGUUCGUUAGUGUUUAUUGACGUGUCCGGCUGAUGUGGGUUGAGGUUCGUCAUUAAUGGACACAUGAUGAUACGAGGCUGGAGCAGGAGCUGAAUCUGGAGGCUGAAGACAAACAACUGAUUGAGUGAGUGAAGGACGAUGGCAUCUGCUGAACAGCAUUGUGACACACAAGAUGAGAUGGAAGAAGACAAGCUGAAACACAAGGAAGACCAGAUGAGCAGCAGAGAUCACACUGGAGUCAGUGUUGAUCUGAAUGCUGAAACAGGAGCAGCUGUAAAUGCCCCUUUACUCAAUAGAAACACCAUCACAUCAGUGACCUUCAUCUACAACACUGCAGGAAACGCGCCACAAAAAGCCUCAGAAAGACAGACGGAGAAGCACACAGUAGAUCAAGGCUCAGCUGCAGAGGACAGUAAAGCUGCUCUUCAUGAGAUCAGCCACAGACUGAAGAACAAAUUAAAACAGGAGUAUGAACGAAUAUUGGUUGGUAAUUCUCAGACGGGUCAUCAGAAAUACCUGAACAAUAUUUACACUGAUCUAUAUGUGGUGGAGAAUGAGACUGGAGGAAUAGUGAGUGAGCACGAGGUGAGACAGAUCGAAUUCAAACAAUUUAAUGCCAAGGACACACCAAUCCAGUGCAAUAACAUUUUUAAAGUCUAUAACGGUCAACAAAACAGAAGAGUGCUGACGAUGGGCAUCGCAGGUGUAGGCAAAACAGUCUCUGUCAAUAAAUUCAUCCUUGACUGGGCUGAAGGAACAGAAAAUCAGGAUAUUGCAUUAAUAUUUCCUCUUCCAUUCCGUCAGCUAAAUUUGAACACAAAAAACUGCAGUCUAAUGGGACUGCUUCACAAAUACUUUAGUUAUCCUAAAGAACUGGCCUCUCUUCCUGAUGGUGACGGUAAAAUCAUGUUCAUCUUUGAUGGGCUGGAUGAAUGUCGCUUCCCUUUGAACUUUAAAAAGAAUGACGGAUUUACAGAUGUUCACAAAGAAACAACAGUGAGUAAGAUAGUUACAAGCCUGAUCAAGAGACAACUGGUUCCUUCUGCUCUCAUCUGGAUCACAUCCAGACCAGCAGCAGGCAGUCGGAUACCCCGAGACUACAUUGAUCAGGUGACUGAAGUGCGAGGAUUCAACGAUGAGCAGAAAGAGCAAUACUUCAACAAAAACAGCAGUCCUGAGGUUGCUGGAAACAUCAUCCGUCAUAUCAGGAAAUCCAGGAGCCUGUACAUCAUGUGCCACAUCCCCGUCUUCUGCUGGAUCUCUCUCACUGUUCUUCAGCCUCUACUGGCUCGAGAGAGCAAUGACAAAACACCAACAACUCUCACAGGAAUGUACACAAACUUUUUACUUACUCAGCAGCAAAAGAUGAAAACAAAAUACAGUUAUCCUGAACCUAAAGCCAAUGCCAGGUCUUUUGAUCAGAUUAUUCUGAAGCUUGGGAAACUGGCCUUCCAAAAGUUGGAGAAAGGAAACCUGAUUUUCUACAAAGAAGAUCUUGAGGAAUGUGGACUAGAUGUCAGUGAAGGGUCGGUGUUCUCUGGGUUAUGCACUCAGAUCUUUCAGGAGGAAAAAGCUGUUUCAGCAAGAAACGUUUACAGCUUCGUACAUCUCAGCAUCCAGGAAUUCCUUGCUGCUCUCUAUGUGUUUUUGAUUAGCAAAGAUGAGAAAGCAAAGCUACUUUUUCAAUCUCUGCAAGAAAAACUGACAUGGACACUGUCCAGAAAGACACUGUUUCAGCUUCAUAAGGGUGCGAUCAACAAGGCUUUACAAAGCAAGAACGGACACCUGGACCUUUUCCUCCAGUUCUUCCUGGGUCUCUCUCUGGAGUCCAAUCAGAGUGACCUGAAGGAAUUAGUGCCAGGACUGGAACUCAAAACAGAGAAUAUGAAAAGCACUGUUGACUAUAUCAAAAAGAAAAUAGAGAAGGAGAAAUCAGUGGAGAGGACCAUCAAUCUCUUCCACUGUCUAAAUGAAAUGAAAGAUGACUUUGUGGGGGAAAUCCAGAAGAAUCUGAGCUCAGGAAAUCUUUCAGAACAGAAUCUCUCCUCUGCUCAGUGGUCUGGUCUGGUGUUUAUGCUCCAGAUGUCAGAAGAGACUCAAGAGAAGUUUGAACUGCAGAAAUACAGAAGAUCUGAUGAAGCAGUGAUGAGACUGCUGCCAGUGAUCAAAAACACAAGAAAAGCACUGCUACAAUGCUGUAAUCUCACUGCUCAGUGCUGUAAGAGUUUGUCAUCAGCUCUACAAUCCUCAAACUCCUUCCUGAGAGAGCUGGACCUGAGUAACAAUGACCUACAGGAUUCUGGAGUGAAGCUUCUUUCUGAUGGACUAAAAAGUCCAAACUGUCAGCUAGAGAUACUGAGAUUUUCCAUAUGUAAUCUCACUGCUCAGUGCUGUAAGAGUUUGUCAUCAGUUCUACAAUCCUCAAACUCCUUCCUGAGAGAGCUGGACCUGAGUAACAAUGACCUACAGGAUUCAGGAGUGAAGCUUCUUUCUGAUGGACUAAAAAGUCCAAACUGUCAGCUGGAGAUACUGAGAUUGUCUGGCUGUAUGGUGACAGAGGAAGGCUGUGGUUAUGUGUCUUCAGCUCUGAGUUUGAACCCCUCACACCUGAGAGAGCUGGACCUGAGCUACAAUCACCCAGGAGAUUCAUUCAUUGAUAAAUUCAACCAUCAAAACUGCACACUGGAUAAACUUAAUGUGGAUCAUGGGGGAGAGUUCAGGAUAACAGCAGGACUACACAAAUAUUCCCAUCGGAUCACUCUGGAUCUGAACACAGUGAAUAAACGCCUCCGUCUGUCUGAGAGCAACACAGUGAUUACUAACACUAACACACCGCAGUCGUAUCCUGAUCAUCCAGACAGAUUUGAUUAUCGUCUUCAGGUGUUGUGUAGAGAGAGUGUGUGUGAUCGACGCUGUUACUGGGAGAUUGUGUGCAGUAGAUAUUAUGGUGUGGAUAUAUCAGUGUCAUAUAAGAGCAUCAGCAGGAAGGGAUGGGGUCAUGAGUGUGUGUUUGGAUUUAAUGAUCAGUCCUGGAGUUUGAGCUGCUCUUCUGUUGGUUACAUAUUCAUACACAAUAAGAUAGAGACUCGUCUCUCUGUAGAGUCCAUCAAGAUCAGGAGAGUAGGAGUGUAUGUGGAUCACAGUGCAGGAACUCUGUCCUUCUACAGCGUCUCUGGAGACACAAUGAUCCCCAUCCACACAGUCCAGACCACAUUCACUCAACCGCUCUAUCCUGGGUUUAUGGUUUGGUCUGGAUCAGUGAAACUGUGUUGAUGAAUCAGAACAGACUGACGAGAGAUUCUACCCAUAAUGCUUUGAGCUCAUGAUGAAUCAGUGACAGUGAGAUGAUAUAGAGUCUCUUCAUUACAUUAAUACUGAAAUAUCAUGACACAAUAAAUGAGUGUGUGUGUGUGUGUGUGUGUGUGUGUGUGUGUGUGUGUGAGUGUGUGUGUGUGUGUGUGUGUGUGUGAGUGUGUGUGAGAAAGUGUGUGUGUGUGUGUGUGUGUGUGUGAGAGAGUGUGUGUGUGUGUGUGUGUGUGUGUGUGUGUGAGAGAGUGAGUGUGUGAGAGAGUGUGUGAGUGUGUGUGUGUGUGUGUGUGUGUGUGUGUGUGAGAGUGAGUGUGUGUGUGUGUGUGUUAAUGACUCAAAAUCACAUGAUUAAAUGUUGAAAUAUUGUAGUAAAUGUUGAACUGCAGUGUACAUGUAUAUUGUGUUAUGUGUCGUUAUGAGGAGCAGGAGUGACACUUAAAGAUUUAGAUCCACUAUCCCACUGAAAAAUAACAUCAACAAUCAAUUUAUCAAUUUAAUCAUUCAAACAUAAAUGGACAUUUUUAAAUAAAUACACAAAUUUAAAACUGUUUAUUUGAUUCAUGUAAUAAAACAUAGAUUAAUUGAACAAUAAAAAGUACAUUAAUAAAUCAUUUUAAAUCACUUUUUAAAAAGCAUUUGCCAAUAGCUUUUCUUUAUCCAUUUGUCAAUCGAGUUAAAAAUGCCAUUGGUCAGGACACACGUGGAGCAACCAAUCAACUUUCACCUCAGUUUGAAGAGCCAAUCCUCUGUCAGUUGUAAAUGUAACACGCGCUGUCAUUGGACAGUGAGAACAACUAUUCGUCAGAGCCGUUAAAUGUGAGAGUUGCGACACUCCGCCUACUUCUCUACUAUAUAGUAGGAGAAAAGCUGUGGAAGUUUUUUCCUAACAAAAUUAAAAUGAAAAUUCAAAUGCUUAAAAAGAUCAAAUAAUAAAUCAAAGUUUCAAAACAGCUGCUCAAAUGAUAAAUCAAAUUCUCAAAUGCGAUUUCAUUUCCUCAUUCAGGGAAGCAGGAACUGUAUCAAUAAUCAAAUUAAAACUCAUUUGAUUUUUAAUUUUCAUUAAAUCUAUAAUUCAGUGCUCAAAUGGUAAAUCAAAUGCAACUGUCAAUCAAGUAGCGUGGGCGGAGCUUUGAGGCGGAAGAGAUGAAGAUAUGUGACGAUGAGCAGCACUGCGGCUUUUCACGGUGUAAUUUCAGAUCUGCGUGCCCUCUCCAAGAUGUGUUCUUGGGAAGAUUUAAUGACAAUGUUGUGGAGUCAACAGUGGAAUAUCUCCUUGAGAGAAUGGGGGAAAUAUCGCCCACUACAGACACCGAGAUCAACAGCGUUGCGACUGCAAACCUGCAGGAGGUACUGAGGCAACUGCAGGUCAAAGAGUCAGAAGAAAGCCAUUGCCAGAGAGACCGACUCAAAAUAUUCCAGCAGAAACCAUCAAGACGUCUUUAAUGAGAGGUGUAAAGGCUGCGGAAAGAUUGUUUGGCGUUUCGGAGAGGACCAUACGUCGUCGAAAGCGUGAAUAUGGAAUAAGGUAAGUCACAUAUGGGCCAUUCUGAGCGUUAUCAAUUAUCACUCGUUUGCAGGGGAUGCUGCGAAACAGUAGUUAUGGGAGAAAUGAAGCUUUUCUAAACUCAGAAUCAGUUGAUCCUUAAUCCGAUUCACCGAAUGAUUCACUAAAGCUCUUGAAUCACCGUACGCUAGUGACACCUGCUGGUCAAACAUUAUAAAUGCAGCGUAAACAAGAGCUUUUUAUAAACGUGUUACAAUACAAACGCUUGUAAUGAAAGUGUAAAUGUAUCAUCAACAACAAGAACACUGUACGUCUGAUGAGAGUUUUUCUGUCAGAAAAGCUCUGCGCAGUUUGGUGUGAAUUAAAGCCCUUCAGUUAGUCUGUAACACUUUACAAUAAGGUUCAUUAAUUAAACAUUAGUUAAUUGUACUAACUAACAUGAACUGACCAUGAGCGAUACAUUUGUUACUGUAUUUACUAAUCUUUAUUAAAGUUAAUGAAAAUACAGCAGUUCAUUGUUUGUUCAUGUUUGUUCACAUUAAGUAAUGUUAUCAAGAUUUUAAUAAUGUAUUAGUAAAUGUUGAAAUUAACAUUACGAUUAAAGAGAACAUUACGACAUAAAGAUUAAUAAAUGCUGUAUAAGCUUAGUUCAUUAUUAGUUCAUGUUACCUAAUGUAGUUAACUGAUGUUAACUAAUGAAGCUCAUUGUAAAGUGUCACCAGUUAGUCUUCAUCUUUGUAUCCAAACAGGUUUCUGUUUCUAGCUCUUCAAGGCCGGUUUCACAGACAGGGCACAGCUUCAGCCAGAACUAAGAUAUUUAAGCAGCUUUAAUAAAAAUGCCUCAGAAAAAACAUUACUGGUGUGUAUCUUGAGACAAAACAGUGGCACUGACAUAUUUCAAGAUAUUUUCAGUUAAGACAACUCAAAUUAGCAUUUUAGUCUGGGACGAAGGUAGGAAUUGUCUAUGAAAGCAGGGGUUAAUUUACUGUAGUAGAGGCACUAGAAGUUAAAGGGGGUGUAAUGCUAUUUCAUGCAUUCUGACUUACUGACACUGUUGAAGAGCUGCAUUCUCACGCUAAACAUGGACAAAGUUUCAAAACACAAGCUAGACAGAGUAUGACAGAGUAUUUCUGUGCCAAAUACACUACUUCCGGUUGUCUCUCUGUUUUUUGUAUGGCCCUUUACUAUGUAAUAAAGGACGUAAUUCCUUGUAUAGGCUCUUCUCUCUGAUAGGCGUGCGCACACACAUCACCCAGAGCAAGAGCCGCCCAUCAACACGCUUCGUUCGGGACACGGAAGCCGAGAGAUUUUUCAACAAUGUCUGUGUCCCAAUUCAGGGGCUGCACCCUUUGAAGGCCGCGUCAUUUAAGAAAAAUAACCGUUAGAAAGAAAUUACAGUACUAUUUUACACCUCACAAUGAAUAUCAGUCAAUUUUACUUUUCUUAAAUAAGACAUCCUUGAUGACGUAUGCAGCCUUCAAAUGAGACCUCCGGAGGACGCAGCCUCUGAAAUGAGACGCAGCUCACUUUAUAAUUUUAUAAUGCAUCUGUAUUUUAUAAAUAUGAUAAAACUAAAGGCUUUUCUGAGAUAUGAAGGGUCCACUGCUGCUCUAUAGGUACUCAAGAUUAACAUGAGAUUGGCAGAUGAACUCGCCAUAAAACUUGCUUACUUGAAAUUAUUCUUACUAAAUGAAUUUGGAACUAGUUCCUGUCUUUGUGAUGAAUUGUUUUUCUUUUAAUUGCCAUACCAUUGUUUGCCCAUUACUGCAGAGAGUCUGACCUACACACAGACAUAUCACAUGAUGAUCUGGACAGAAAGACAUGAACAUCUUGGAUGACAUGGGGGUGAGAAAAUUAUCAGGAAACUUUAAUUCUGAAAUGAACUAAUCCUUUAAAGUGAAAGAUAGUUUAAAAAUGUAAAUUCUGUCAUACUUUACUUAGCCUAAAGUACAUUAUCACAGCACCACCUGACACAAGAAGUGAGAGCCGCUUAGAGCAAAGAGAAGAAAAGCAUGUGAACAUUUAAAAUGGGUCAUUAUUAUGACAUCAGCAUGAAUGCAAUACAAUUAUAAAAGUAUUACAACUGUAUACAUUGAAAAUAUAAACCAUAAUUUUAAACAAUUAUAAUUAUAUGCAAACAAGAGCUUGUAUAAACUAAUUUUAACACAUUUUUAAAAUGACAUUUAUCAUUUUGAGUGACAAUACAAGAGAGAAAACCAUUUUAACUUUUUUUUUGAAUUUUUUAAUGUAACCAUGUGACUGACCACAUGAGCAGCGUUUUCCCAUGUUCAUAGGAACACAGAUCUAACACUGUAAAUAAAACACCAUCUAAAUGCACGAGAUUUAUCAAUGAGGUGCCAGAUGUCCACGUGAGAAACAAUUACUGUCCGAAUCGUGACAGAAUUUACCUUUGAGUUUAUAAUCAAUGAACAAAAUGUCAGCAAACUAACUGUUCUGCCAACGGAAAAUCUUUGCACAGGUGGAGGAUAGUGGUCCAUGGAGGAAUAGAUGGCUUCAGCAGGAUGAUUGUGUUCCUAAAGCUGCUACAGAAAACAGUGCUUCUGUUGUGCUGCAGUUUCAUUGAAGCUGUGAACCGCUUUGGAUUCUCCUCCAGAGUGCGAUCCGAUAAGGGCCGGGAGAAUGUUGACGUGGCCUACUUCAUGGUGUCCAAUCGAGGGGAAAACCCACACUCCCACAUCACAGGGCGCAGGGUCCAUAACCAAAGGUUUUUUCCUUUUAUCAUUACUCAAAGUCAUAUGCCAUUACGUGAUUAAAUCUCAGCAUCUACAGUUAAGACUCUGGGGGGGUUUUGGACUGUAAAGAAAUGCAUAUGUGGAUUGAAAAUAUUCUAUAAUUUCUGCAUGUUUUGGAAGAAAUGCUGCAUUAAAAAAAUGCAGGUGUGCCAAUGAUCUACGUUAUCACAAUACAUCAGGCCUGUUGUCUAAGGAGGAAGCAUUUAUGUUAUAAUUACAGGAUCGAGAGACUGUGGAGGGAUGUUUCCCAGCAUGUUCUCCUGUCUCUUCCUUGAUCUGGAGGCAGAUGGCACAUUAAAUCCUGACAAUGAGCUGCAUCUUUUUGCUCUGCAUUGGACCUAUCUGCCACAGCUUCACAGGCAUCUUGAGUUUUUCCAGGAGGGAAUAAUCAUGAAAUCAGAACAGCAGGCCACCAGUCUCCACUGCAACUCUGGACAAGCUUCCAACAUAUUCAAGAUCCACACCGGGUGCUUUCAAAUUAAGUUAGUUACCUGAUAAUCAACAUUUUAGUGGAUGACAGACAAGAAACUGAAUUACAAAAAAAUAUUAAAGAAAUAGUUGCAGGUUUGUUUUAGGGGGCUUACAGUCUAAACUUGCCCUUACACAAAAUAAGGCACAAUAAAUGUCUUAAAUUGGCGCAUAAAGUCUUAAAUUCAUAAAGACAUGACAUUAAACCUUGCAAAAAAAAUCUUUAACAUUUGUCUUGUUUCCAAUACAAAUUUCUGAACAUCUUUGAAUAAAAGUGCAUGGUAACACUUUACAAUAAGGUUCAUUAGUUAACUACAUUAGUUAACAUGAACUAAUCAUGAACUGCAAUUAAUGUUAAUUUCAACAUUUACUAAUACAUUAUUAAAAUCUUGUUAGCAUUAGUUAAUGCUCUGUGAACAAACAAUGAACUCUUUUCAUUAACUUUAACAAAGAUUAGUAAAUACAGUAACAAAUGUAUCACUCAUGGUCAGUUCAUGUUAGUUAAUUAACUAAUGUUUAACUAAUGAACCUUAUUGUAAAGUGUUACCAAAAACAUUCACUUGUGGUGCAGUAUGACAAUAUACAGUCAUGGUUUCUGAGAAAUGUAUAGAAAUUAUGCGAGUUUAAAACAUGAACAAAUGUCAAUAGGGUAUGAACUUGUUUCCCCUUUAAAUUAUUUUUGAGCCCAUCUGGCAUACGAUUGUUCUUGUAUUAAAUAUAAAUGCUUUUCAUUUUGAAAUUUCCAAACCUGUAUGAGUUUCUUUCUUCUGUUAAACACAAAAGAAGAGAUUUUGAAGGAUGUUGUAACCAGACAGGUAGCCACUGACUUCCAUAGCAGGAAAAAUACUGUGGAAGUUGAUGUCUGCCAUCAGCUGUCUGGAUACCAACAUUCUUCAUAACAUCUUCUUUUGUGUUCAACAGAAGAAAGAAACUCGUACAGGACUGCAACAACAUAAGGGUGGAUGACUACUAUGGUGUGGACUGGGAAGGACCACACUCCUGUGAGGAAGAGGGUGUGAAGAUCCCCGAGGUUCAACUACCACGAGAACUUACCCAUGAGGAAACUGCAACCUUGCCUCGUCCUGAUAUUCCCUUCUUA